AUGUUGGAAAAUGACUUUGGAGAUGGCCAUUUGGCGACCGUUGAUUCUAUCAUCAAACAACUUGAAAUUGAUGGUGACAAAGUUCAAAAAAUCACGAAUCACUUCGUUCAGCAAAUGCAACAUGGUUUAAAAGCCAAGCAUUCUUAUCAGAUACCUUCAUUCGUCACAGAGAUACCAACUGGCCACGAGAAAGGAUUGGUUCUCGCCGUUGAUCUUGGUGGUACGAAUUGUCGCGUCUGUGCUGUGAAUCUACAUGGCGACUCUACCUUUGAUGUGUUUCAGAGAAAACACAUUGUUCCCCCCGAAUUGAGAGUCAACGAAAGCUACAAGCCUCUCUUUGAGUUCAUCGCUUUAAAAAUUGGAGAUUUUCUACACGAGUAUGCACUCGAAAUUCGGAAGGGGGAUUUGAAGCAGCAGACUUUUAAGCUGGGAUUCACGUUCAGCUUUACUUGUGAACAAACUUCAUUGUCUCAAGGUACACUCGUGCACUGGGAUAAAGGAUGGGAUAUUCCAAGCGCUGUAAAUCAGGACCCUUGUUCUUUAUUACAAGCAGCAAUUGACGAAAUCGCGUUGCCAGUACGUGUGUGUGUCUUGUCGAAUGAUGCUGUCGGGACGCUUCUCACAAAAGCAUAUACUGCGAAGAAGUCCGACGCCACGUUGGCAGCUAUAAUCUUGGGCACAGGCACCAACGCUGCCUAUGUCGAACAAAUCUCACAUAUUCCAAGACUGGGACUUGAUGAGAAGACAAUGGAGAAUGGAGUCAUGGUCAUCAACACAGAAUGGGGAUCUUGGGACGAUGAACUGGCGGUUCUUCCUCAGACGCGUUUUGACAAGCUGAUAGACCAGAGCUCUUCCGACCCUGGGUGUGGUCUGCUAGAAAAGAUGGUCUCUGGUAUGUAUUUGGGCGAGCUAUUACGAUUGAUGCUUCUCGCAUUGAUUGAAACAGGAGACCUCAGUCUUACCCUUGAUGAAAACAGCCCGGCGCAUCGACACAUGGGUAUCGAAACAGCAUUCUUGACAAGGAUUUCUGCAUUCACAGCAGAAGAUACGCAAGGUGCACUGGCAUACGUGACGGAAAACCUUGUGACGAAGGAUGCGACAAUAAAGGACUUGCGACUAUUGCAGACGCUCGCGAAUGCAAUUAUCAUAAGGUCUGCUCGAUUAGUCGGUGCAGGUCUUGCAGCAAUUCUUAUCCAAUCUGGAAGACUGCAGCCAACAAUUUCCACACCGAAAACGACAACCAUAACACAUGCGCAAGAGAUUAUCGCAAAGCCAACCAAGCAAGGAAACAAUAGUACAAUUUCCUCAGUCGUCAGAUUCAUCAAAAGCCUUUGCGGUUGCAUCGCGCCCGACGCAGAGCCGUCGCUGCCCACGAGCAAAUCAUCAUACGAGUCGGAAGAAAUGGUCAACUCGACAGUGCUGAUGGAUGAGGAAAUUAAUGUCGCUGUUGAUGGCUCAUUGUUUGAGUUUCAUGCAGAGUUUGAGAAGUUAAUGCGUGGCGCGCUAAGAGAUGUUGCGGAGGUUGGACGGUCGCAUGAGGGAAGGAUAAAAAUAGAGCUUACGAAGGAUGGAUCUGGAACGGGUGCUGCGCUGAUUGCGGCUGUUGCCAAUUGA